AUGGCCACCUUGGAACCAUCUGUAUAUCACAUAGAGGUUGGGAAGCAGACGUAUCAAAAGGAGCGUGAAGAUGAAAGGGACUGGGAGAAUGAAAGAUUCACAUUCAACAGCCCGUUGAUCACAUCCGAAGAUCGAACAGUGCACUUUCCCAAAUCCCAGAGCCGAUUCCUCGAUAUCGUUCAGGAUACACUCCGUCAAUAUGAUUCGCAACUCAAGGACAUUCACCAAAAAGUCAGAACAGAGGCCGGUACCCUAGAGAUCCUUUCAAUUUUGAAUUUAGAUGGUGAUUCGUACUCCUUUUGUUUCAUUUUCCUGUUGGUUCAGCUGGAAUUCGUCAAGCUCACAGCUGAAUGA